UGGAGAGAUGUGAACUGCAUCCGGGGCACGAUUUCGCCUAUUGUCUGGGUUACGGAAUUGGCCUAGGGGAUCGCGCAGCCUCCCAUUCAGCCCUUAGAGCGUUUGCGGUCUGAAGGGAGCGAAGCUCCCUGACGGGUACAGGCGGUUUUCUGUAUGCCCGGCAGCAGCUGCUCGGAUACAGUGAUGGAUCGUAGCUCGAAGAGGCGGCAGGUGAAGCCUUUGGCAGCUUCCCUGCUGGAAGCUUUAGAUUAUGACAGUUCAGAUGACAGUGACUUUAAGGUUGGAGAUGCUUCAGAUUCUGAAGGCAGUGGACAUGGCAGUGAAGAUGGAUCAAAGGAUAGCGGAGAAGGUUCCUGUAGUGAAUCAGAAGAAAACAUAUUGGAGGAAGAGCUGGCAGAAGAAGAUGAAGAAGGGAAAAAAGCAGAGAAAAAACCUAAAAAUUCAGGUGGGGGAGAACUGCCAGUAGCAGUGAAAGGGACUAUUAAAACUGAGAAAAAGGAAGAAGAGGAGGAGGAGGAAGACAGAGAAACAGAAGAGAAGGCAAAAAAGAAAAAGGAGAGAGAAAAAGAGGGAGAGAAGCCCAAUGAAGGAGAUGCUGGUGUUGAUGAGCACACAAAUGAGCCAAAAAAAUGGAACCUGAGAAGAAAUCGCCCUCUUUUAGAUUUUGUAUCUAUGGAAGAACUAAAUGAUAUAGAUGACUAUGACAGUGAAGAUGAUAAUGAUUGGCGCCCAACUGCAGGGAAAAAGAAGGGGAAAAACACAUUACGCAGAGAAGGAAGUGAUGGUGACAAUGAGGAUGAUGAAGAUGAUGGGAGUGGAAGUGAUGAGGAUGACAAUGAAGAGGAAGGCAAUGAUGAUGAAGAUAGCAGUGCUGCUAGUGAUGGGGAAUCCAAGAAGAAAAAAAACAAAGCUCUUAGCAGAAAUAGUGUUGAUGAGGAGGAGCUGACAAAUGAUAGCCUGGCUCUUUCACAAAGCAAGAGCAAUGAGGACUCUCUGAUUCUUGAAAAAUCUCAAAAUUGGAGCUCCCAGAAAAUGGAUCAUAUUAUGAUUUGUUGUGUUUGCCUUGGAGAUAAUAGUGAAGAUGCUGAUGAAAUAAUUCAGUGUGACAAUUGUGGAAUAACAGUACAUGAAGGUUGUUAUGGUGUUGAUGGUGAAAGUGAUUCCAUUAUGAGCUCUGCUUCAGAAAAUUCCACUGAACCAUGGUUUUGUGAUGCUUGCAAAUGCGGUGUCUCUCCAAGCUGUGAACUUUGUCCCAAUCAAGAUGGAAUCUUCAAGGAGACAGAUGCUGGCAGAUGGGUCCAUAUUGUUUGUGCACUAUAUGUUCCUGGAGUGGCAUUUGGAGAUAUUGACAAAUUGCGACCAGUAACACUUACAGAAAUGAACUAUUCCAAGUAUGGUGCAAAGGAAUGUAGCUUCUGUGAAGAUCCUCGUUUUGCAAGAACUGGUGUUUGCAUUAGCUGUGAUGCUGGAAUGUGUAGAGCUUAUUUCCAUGUGACUUGUGCUCAGAAAGAAGGUCUAUUAUCAGAAGCUGCAGCAGAGGAGGAUAUUGCAGAUCCUUUCUUUGCUUACUGUAAACAACAUGCUGACAGAAUGGAUAGAAAAUGGAAGCGUAAGAACUAUUUGGCUUUACAGUCCUACUGUAAAAUGUCUUUGCAAGAAAGAGAAAAACAACUUUCACCCGAAGCUCAGGCUCGAAUUAAUGCCAGACUUCAGCAGUACCGUGCCAAAGCAGAAUUAGCACGCACCACAAGACCACAAGCAUGGGUUCCAAGAGAAAAACUGCCACGGCCACUCACUAGCAGCGCUUCAGCAAUACGUAAGCUCAUGCGUAAAGCUGAAUUAAUGGGCAUUAGUACAGACAUCUUUCCUGUUGAUACUUCAGAUACCAGUUCCAGUGUGGAUGGAAGACGAAAGCAUAAACAACCAGCAUUGACUGCUGAUUUUGUGAAUUAUUAUCUUGAGAGGAACAUGCGCAUGAUCCAGAUUCAGGAGAAUAUGGCAGAGCAGAAGACAAUUAAGGAUAAGCUGGAGAAUGAACAAGAAAAACUUCAUGUAGAAUACAACAAAUUAUGUGAAUCUUUGGAAGACCUUCAGAAUAUGAAUUCAAAGCUGCGAAAUGAAGGGCAAGGAAUGUGGGCUCUCCUAGGAAGAAUUAUUGGACAGAAACUAAAUAUACCAGCAAUUUUGCGAGCACCCAAGGAGAGAAAGCCCAGUAAAAAGGAAGGUGGAACUCAUAAGACUACAACCCUUCCAGCAGUACUUUAUAGUUGUGGGAUUUGCAAGAAGAACCAUGAUCAGCACCUCCUUUUGCUGUGUGAUACUUGUAAACUCCAUUAUCACCUUGGAUGUCUGGACCCUCCACUUUCAAGAAUGCCAAGGAAGACUAAAAACAGUUACUGGCAAUGUUCAGAAUGCGACCAAGCAGGUAGCAGUGACAUGGAAGCAGACAUUGCCAUGGAAACUUUACCAGAUGGAACUAAGCGAUCAAGGAGGCAGAUUAAGGAGCCAGUAAAAUUUGUUCCACAGGAUGUACCCCCAGAACCAAAGAAGAUUCCUGUCAGAAACACGAGAACUAGAGGACGAAAACGAAGCUAUCUUCCAGAAGAAGAAAAACCUGAGGAACGGAUUCCAAGAGAAAGAAGACAAAGACAAUCUGUAGUACAAAAGAAGCCAAAGUCUGAGGACUUAAGAACAGAAUGUGCUACAUGUAAGGGAACUGGAGACAAUGAAAAUCUAGUCAGAUGUGAUGAAUGCAGACUAUGCUAUCAUUUUGGUUGUUUGGAUCCUCCCUUGAAAAAAUCUCCAAAGCAAACUGGCUAUGGAUGGAUUUGUCAGGAAUGUGAUUCUUCCUCAUCUAAAGGUGAAGUGGAUGGAAUGAAAAACAAGUAUCAGGUUGGCUGAAAGAAACUUACUCGCCCAAGGUCACCGGCCUGGCUUUUAUGCCUAGGAUGAGACUAAAACUCACAGACUCCUGGUUUCUAGCCUGGACUCUUGGAUAUAAUAUCAGUAGUGCUAGACACUGUCUUGAAAAAGGGACCACAGUGAUUCUCAGUUUUACAGUUUCAAACUGGAUGUGCAUAUUUUUACUGGAGAAUUGUCAAGUUAUCAUUGUUAGAAUAUGAAAGAAUUUAUAUAUAAUAUUAUAAACUAUAUUUAGCAAAGAACUAUAAUUGAAUUUGCCAACUUUUCCUACUCAGAAAAAUCAUUUAGAUAAUGAAUUCUGCAGGAGACCCAGGAUGCUUUUGGCUUCCCCAAAAAGAUGCUAAAUUGCUUAAACUCUACACGCUAUAGUGCAGACCAUCUACUUGAGUGUAUCAAAUGACUAUUGCCUUGGAAAUAUUAUUUUAUUAUUUCUUCUUGCUAAUGUAGAUUUGUUAUUGCACUUUGCUUUGGUCACAUUUAAACAGCUAUUGAAUUUGGAAAAUAAAAUAUACCAGACUGAACAGUAUCUGCAUUAAAUAAGUUUGUCCUAGACUGAAGUCCUGAGAACCUGAAUAGCUUGAGUGGGCAAACUGUUGAGGAGCACAUUUAUUACAAAACUUGUAUCACUGUAUUGGAAACAUAUUCCAUACUAUGCAAGGAUAUUUGCUAUGUAGUUGAUAAAGUCAUAUUUGCCAGUAGGAAUAGUAAUGAAAAUAAAUGGACAGCAUUCCAGUUUUUCUUAUUGAGACCCAUAUAAUUUAAUUAAAAGCUGAUGGUGGACAGUGAAUACCAAAUAAAAUAAAAUUUAGAAUAAUUCUUCAUAAUUCAUAACUUUGAUUAUGUACUGCCUUUCUUUUGCACAAAAAAGAUUCAAAAAUAUUAUGUAGGCUUGAAGCAAAUAUUUGCCAUAUUUGCUCUAAAAGAAAGAUCAGAAGCAUUUCGGUGUGUGUAUAACAAUUAAUUAAUUUUCCAUAUGUGUCUUUUUAAGCCACUGGCAUAAUGGAAAGCUGAAGAUACGGCUUUAAAAUUCAAGGCAAUGGAAUUAAAAUAAAAUGUGCCUCAAGCAGAUUGGUGUCAGGUGUUAUGGCUUUGAUGCUAAAGUCUUCAAAUCCAAGCACUGAGCAUCUUAGAACUAUUUUAGGUAUCAUAUUAAUUUUCCAAUAUUAUGUCCUACUUUUUUCCAAAGAAAUUUCAGGAAUGUUAUAUAAUCCCCCUCAUCAGUUUUAUUGUAACCAUAGUUUUGUGAACUAAGUAACCGAAGAGAGAUAGACCAACAUUGCUCAGAGGGUUAUAUGGCUGAGUAGAGAUUUGGAUUUGAACUUUUUACCUAGUUUAACAAUUGUGUUAGAAGAGUGAAACGGUUAUGUCGAAUGAAUGGCAUUUUCUUAAAUGCUGCUGAAUCCUCCCUGCUGCUUGCUACCAGUUUACCCUGCUGUAAGCACCUUUGAAUUUGAAUAGAUUGAACAGAGAGCUCACUAGUCCUUGUGACUAUUUUCAUUUAAUUUGUUCAGCAACCCUAGAAUGUAUUUUAAAAAUGCAUUUUAUCUACAUUUCUGAUUAACCUGACCUAAUUUUCUCAUUUAGCAAUAAAAAUUGACCACAGUUCAAACCAUCUUCCCAUAUGAGUUGCUUUGUCCAUAGUUUUUGUCCUGUACACAGAUUAGCAAUUGGAGACUCUCUUGUUCUCGAUUUUCCAAUGUAUCUAUUAUUUCUAUAUUACUGUUCCACAUGUUCAUUGUUAGCAUUUCUGUAGGGCGUAAAAAUUCUUAUCCUGGAUUGGUUCAUGGGAGAUAUCUGUGUAUAAUCAUCUAUAGCCAAUAGUCUUCUAUAGGUAGAGACGCCAAACCAAUUUUCUCAUAGUCAUAUCUUUAUAACCACCCACAUGUCAUGUCUGAUAGCUAAAAAGUACAUUUUGAUUCAUUUUUAAAUUGGAUUUGUUUUUAAGAUUCCUUAUAAUAUGAAUUAUAAACCAAUUUACCUAAAAAUUGUAGCACAAUUUCUUUCUAUUAACAUUCUGUAAUUGCAAAGUUUGGUUAUUAUUUACUUACUUACAAGAACCCAACUUAAUUUUAAGAAUGACAUUCUUGAAAAAAUAGAUAUGGCUCUUCCUCUUCAGAAACUUUCGCAUGAACUGUUAAUGCUACAAAACUUAGUGCUUAUGAAAAUAUAUACAC